CAAUAAAAGGACCCACUCUUUCACUCAUAAGUCAUAACCCACAAGUUUAGUAGUUCACUCUCUUCUUCGUCACUCUCACAAACCACACUAAAGUGGGAAAAAAGAGGGAGCCAAAGGAGCAAUAACUCACCACCAACCCAACACAAUGCUGCAAAUCACCAGCAUUGUUCUGGUUUUGCUCCUUAGCUCCUACCCUCACCUCCCAUGGGCAAUGCUCAACCUCACCCUCCCUUCUGCCCACCCUGAUCCUGAAUUCGUAGCCCAAGAAGUUCGAAGGAGAGUAAAUGCUUCAGUCUUCAGACGGGAACUGCUCCAAACUACCCAGAGAGACCAAUCCUCCUCCUCUUCCCUUUGCUUCACCGGGAACCCAAUCGACGACUGCUGGAAAUGCGACCCUGACUGGUCAAACAACCGCCAGCGGCUGGCUGAUUGUGCCAUUGGGUUCGGCCAGUACGCAAUGGGAGGCAAAAAUGGCGACUACUACAUAGUCACUGACUCCUCCGACGAUGAUGCCGUCAACCCUAAACCGGGAACCCUAAGAUACGCCGUGAUUCGGGAUGAGCCACUCUGGAUUGUGUUCCCAAGCAACAUGCACAUCAAGCUGGAACAAGAACUCAUCUUCAAUAGUUUCAAAACCCUCGACGGCCGCGGCGCCAAUGUCCACAUAACCGGCGGUGGAUGCAUCACCUUGCAGUAUAUCAGCAAUGUGAUCAUCCAUAACGUCCACAUUCACCAUUGUGUUCCUUCAGGAAACACGAAUGUGAGAUCGAGUCCGACUCACUACGGCUACAGAACCAAAUCAGACGGCGACGGGAUCUCGAUCUUCGGCGCGAAGGACAUAUGGAUCGACCACUGCACGCUAUCUCACUGCACAGACGGGCUAAUCGACGCCGUGAUGGGUUCCACCGGAAUCACCAUCUCCAACAACUACUUCUCCCACCACAACGAGGUAAUGCUGCUGGGCCACAGCGACGAAUACUUGCCGGAUUCAGGAAUGCAGGUCACCAUCGCAUUCAAUCACUUCGGUGAACAGCUUGUCCAGAGGAUGCCCCGGUGCCGGCGAGGGUACAUUCACGUCGUCAACAAUGAUUUCACGGAGUGGGAGAUGUACGCCAUUGGAGGGAGCGGGCACCCGACGAUUAACAGCCAGGGGAAUCGCUACGUCGCUCCUUCAAACCCUAAUGCGAAGGAGGUGACGAAGAGGCUGGACUCCGGCGACGGGGAGUGGAAGGACUGGAACUGGCGGUCGGAAGGGGAUGUGAUGGUGAACGGAGCUUUUUUCAUUUCGUCGGGGGAGGAACUGGAAGUGAAGUAUGAGAAGGCAUACAGUGUGGACCCGAAAUCUGUGGAACUCAUCGGCUCACUGACGCUCCACGCCGGAGCUCUUGGGGUCGGCGGCAGGGACAACAACUUGGGGAAGUGGGGGACCGGGCCCAACGUAGGAACGCCCGGUUUAGGCACCAAUGACGAUUACUACUCCGACGACUAUGCCGGCAGUGGGCUUCCACCGUCGCCGGCGACUCUCCUGAUGUCUCUAUCCUUAUUUGUGGCGGUUUCUUGCUUGACCUUCAUGUUAUAGCAAGGAAAAUUUAGAAGUCUAACUUUUGGCUUUCUUAUUUAGCAAUCUUGUUGGGGGAAAGAGGGUUGGAAACAAAGAAGUGUACUAUAAUGUUUGGUGACCAAAAUUUCUAUGUAGCAUUGCAAUCUAACAUUUUCCUUGGAACCAACUCUCUUUAGAAGUGUGUUCUUACGCUUGUUGGGCAUUUAAAAACAAAAAGGGAUGUUUGGGUGAUGGGUUUUUGAAGAUCUUAUGAAUCUUUGGCAUAACAUGACAAUAGGGUACUUGUUAAAAGUUGAACAAUUUGUGAGAAAAAGGGCAAGCCAAGUUGGUAUAAGGUAGUGGAUGUUCAUGUAGAAACCAACCUCAAUAAUGUCCUUACUUCCAAAAUAGAGUAAAGGCAAAUAACAAUG